AUGAAAAGAUCAUGCUCUGCUCCCUCUCUUACGAAUAAGGAGAAGGUGAAGAAAGUUAAAGAAGAACCAAAUUCUCGAGAAUAUUUACAAUUAGCAUUAGCUAAAGUUCUAGAGUUGCAACGAGCUGUGAGAGAUGAUUCGUACUUUGAUAAUAAUACCAGUGAUUUAGAAGAAUCUGAUACUGAAGAAGAAGUUAUGAAAAAGGUAUUAACAAAAGUAUUCAAAGAUCUUCCUGGAUCAUCAUCUACCAUCACAUCAGCAAUAAGUCGUGCUAUUCAUCCAACUCCAAGAGAAUAUUCUAGAAUUCGUGCUAAAAGUAUUCAAUUAUCUGGUUAUGAUACAUGCAGGAAAGUUGCUGUAGAUUUUAUGAAAAAUAUUGUUAAAUAUACUCCAAAGUAUGAAAAAUCAACUUCGGAAAAUGAAGAAAUAAUCCAAGAAAUUCAUCAUACAAAUAAAAGAAGAGGAACUGUUUCUACUGAGUACGAAUUGAGAUCACGGAUGUUGAAGAGUUUAGAUCUUCAUUUAGCAGCUAAGCAACGUGAUUAUACCUUGAAACUAAUGAGACUUUAAUUAUUAAUCAUGCAGCUUUAUUAUUAAUAUUCUUUUCAAUAUA